AUGUCACUGUUCUCUGAAGAAGAUUGCGAGCUCUUUAACGGGUUCGGUUCGGCCCCUCUACUGAGGAACCCUUCCCAAACUGGCCGCAGAACGAAGAAAAGAUGGUCGUUCCACAACAAUACCAAGCCAAAUUUGACCGACCAGCCCGCUUCAUUCAGCUCAGGCAGAAGGCUCAGUGAUGUUACGGGCAUUGACGGGGUCCACAAGGAAAUAGAUCCCUAUCACAUCUCGCCAGCGCAGUUGUACUCAACGGAGAGUGGCCGCUUGUUCCACGCCGGGAAAAUCUGUAUUGCGUUGGCCGGGUUACCGGGACGUGGAAAAACACACUUAUCGGUGUCUUUGACGAGAUAUUUGCGUUGGUUGGGAGUCAAAACCCACAGUUUUCAUUUGGGCGACUACAGACGUGCAACGGCACCCAACGACGACUUGGAUCAGGUGUUGUAUGUCGCUGGCGGAGACGGGAAUGUGCCCGAUCCGCUCAAAAACCCCACUGUGGAUGACUGCUUAAAUGACAUCCUUAACUUCUUCAAGAAUGACAAGGGGCAGGUGGCUAUCUACGAUGCGGUGAACGCCUUGCCAGAACACAGACAACAGCUCCAAGAGAAGUUUGCCAGUGUAAACAUCCAGUGCAUUUUUAUUGAAUCGGUCGUCACAAACGAGUCGAUCUUGAUGAAGAACAUGGAAACAGCGGCAAGACUGUCGCCAGACUACGAGAACUGGAACUACGAAGAGGCAUACAAGGACUACUCAUCGAGAAUACAAAGCCUCACGCCAUACUAUAAGGAGUUGAGUGACGUUGAAAACAUCUCUUAUAUUAAGAUGAUCAACUUUGGCGAAAGAAUAGAGUUACACAAUUCCAACUACGGCUACCUAAUCAACAAAGUGGUGUUUUUCUUGAUGAACUCACGGAUCAAGCUGGGGUCAGUCUUCUUUGCACGUUGUUACAAGAACGACCUCGACUAUUCCAAAGACCCACCUUUGGACGAGGCCGGAUACAAGUACGCAAAGAACUUGACCAGAACGUUGACGAAGUAUCUCGCGUCCAAGGGCAGAGACAUCAUAACCCCAAAGAGCUCUUCUACUGACGUGGCUGGCAUGAAAAGUACCUUAUCUACAGAUGUGAAGCACCCUCCUAACGGAGCAGACGGCGUUCACGAGGACUCAUUUGUUGUGUGGACAUCUGUAAAAAGAAGAACCAUCGAGGCCACACAAUUCUUCCAGGAAAUGGGAAUCAACGUUCGUCACAGAAUCCAGUUGUCACAGAAGAACCCAGGCAUCGUUGCAGGCAUGAGUGACGAGGAAAUUCAGGAGAAAUUUCCUCUGGAAUAUGAGCUGUUUUUGAAGGAUCCUUACCACCACAGGUUCUCCAGAGCAGAGCUGUACCAUGACUUGGCCAUCAAAAUCGAGCCUUUGAUUCUCGAAAUGGAACGCAUGAGCGGAGACAUACUAAUCAUUGCCGACGAGACCGUGUUGCGUGUGUUCCAUGGCUACUUAAUGGCAUGUUCGUGCUACGACAUCCCUUCAUUAGAGUUCAGCACUGACGAAAUUAUUGAAGUCAAGUUCAAUGCUUACUCGAAUAGUGCCAAACGUAUUCCCAUCGAGGAUUUCGACUAA